AAUAAAAAGAAUGCAAAAUGUAAUGAAAUUUCAUUUGGUAAUAUUUAUGCUUUUUGGAAGUGUUCGGUUACAAAAUCCAACUAUUGAAAGAAAACAAUGCACCAUGUCGAAUUGUUUCGAUUUCUCAAAAUGUUCAACAUCCAAAAAAGUCUAUAUUCAUCCAAUGGAGAAACGCUUCGAAGAAUCACCACAAUCAGUGAUUUAUUCGAAGAUUUUAAAGCACUUUCUUGAAAGUAAUCACUACACAAAUGAUCCAAAUGAAGCAUGUAUCUUUCUACUUGGAAUCGACACAACGGAUCGAGAUGUUCGAAGUCAAAACUAUGUGAAAAAUGUGAACGAUUACAUUGAAUCAUUGGAUCCGUCAGUUUGGAAUAAUGGAAGAAAUCAUCUGAUUUUCAAUUUCUAUCACGGAACUUUUCCUGAUUAUGAUGAUCAUAAUUUAAAUUUCGAUACCGGAGAAGCAAUGAUUGCAAGAGCAUCUUCAAGUGAAAAUAACUUCAUAAAAGUAUUUGACGUCUCUUUGCCAUUGUUCCAUGAAAAUCAUCCAUACGAAAUUAAAGAAUCAAAGUCAGAGAGAAAUGAUGAUCGGAUUGAGAAUCAACGAAAAUACUUGGUUAGCUUCAAAGGAAAGCGGUAUGUCUACGGAAUUGGGUCAGGAACAAGAAAUCUGGUGCAUCAUUUGCAUAAUGGAGACGAUAUUGUUAUGGUGACAACGUGUAAACACAAUAAUGAUUGGCAGGUCUAUCAGGACGAUCGAUGCCAGCGAGACAAUGACGAGUACGACCGUUGGGAAUACGACGAACUGCUUGCCAACUCGACCUUCUGCUUGGUUCCACGUGGACGACGUCUUGGAUCUUUCAGAUUCCUCGAAACCCUACGAUCUGGAUGUGUUCCUGUUGUCAUCUCCGACUCAUGGAUUCUUCCGUUCUCGGAAACAAUAGAUUGGAACUCGGCAGCCAUAGUUGUCGCUGAGCGUGACGCGCUCUCGAUUCCAGAAUUGCUGAUGUCGACGAGCCGUCGAAGAGUGAAAGAACUACGGGAAUCCGCUCGAAAUGUCUAUGAUGCGUAUUUGAGAUCAAUUCAAGUGAUUAGCGAUCAUGUUCUCAGGAUAAUCUUCAAACGAAUCGACAACAAGAUUGAGCUGGAAGAUCAUCAAUAAAAACAUUCCUUCAUACAUAUUCCCAUAAGGUUCAAUCCCGAUCUUCCGAACAACAUCCGUGUCCUCAUCGCAUUAGUACUACCCGAGAAAGGAAAGGGCGGAGUCGUUGUGAUGUCUCGAGAGCGUCGGAGAAAGAACGUACACAUACAACCAUCGUCUCCUUCAUCAUCAUCUCCUUCUUGCGAUCGAUGGCGGCGGUGCAGGAGACGGAGGGGAUGGAGAGGGUGGGGUGUCUCACUCGUUCUCCCCUCAUCACAUCUGCUGCUGGCUGUGAUGGCUGGUUGCCCCUCUUCUUGGCCACUCUCUUCACCCACAUCCGUCUCGUUUUGCUCUGUUUGAGAUUUUCAGCAUCUUCCAUUUUUAUACAUUUCUUUCUAAUCUUACUGGUAUUAAUAAGAAUCUGUGAUAUA